AUGUCGUUGUUAAACAUCACACAACUCAAAAAAGUUGCAGAAUUUUUUGGCCUUAUACAGAAACAGCCUGACUGGAGCCAGCUGCCGUACGACAUUUUGCUGCACGUCUUCCGUUACCUUAGCAACAGCGACAAGUACCACGCCGCCCUCACCUGCAAGUCCUGGCUCCGUCUACUCUCAGUGCCGUCCCUGCGGCAGUCCGGAGAUUUUGUUUUUAACUCCAAGAAUGAUGAGAAGGCCAUCAGUUUGGAAAUUGGUGGCUUAAGCGGAAAGUCAAGGUCAUUUUCAGAGGUCGCUCAACUCUUGACCCAAGUUUUGUACGACCAGCAGCAGCUUCGUGUCCUUGACCUCAGCAACAGCCAAAAGUCUGUCAACAACCGUGGCAAUGAUUGUUUUACCGUAAAUGAAGGUAUGAGACUGUUGAAUGCUGCUAGUAAAAACUGUGCCAACACGCUACAGAAACUUACGAUCUCGAGGUUCGUUAGCUUGGAAGAUAUUUACCCUAUUAACUUGAGAUUUCUUCCACAAUUUCGAAGCGCCAUCGCAGGUUUCAGCAAGUUGUCAGACCUGGACCUCAGCUACGGUUAUUUGGAAGAUGACCUGCUGUUCAGCUUAGCCACGACAACAAGUAGCCUGAAGGUGAUCACAGUUCGUGUAGACAAGCCCCCAAAUUUCGAGAGUAGCACCACCCCUGAAGCGUGGGAGGAUCUUACAGCGGCAUGUCCUGAGCUCCGAGUCCUAUUUUUCAUCAAACCCAUAACUGAGUCGUACUUCCAAGACACGACAUUGAUGCUAACACCAUCCAUGCCGCUCUAUCAAGUCAAGUGGAAAUCUGGCAGUGUCAUCGCUAUAGAGAACUUAGAGGAGUUCUUUCAACACGUGGGACAGAACUUUCAGGAAACUUUACAUCAUCUUUACCUACAAACUGAUGUUCGUCUAGACAUGGAAUGCAUUGAUGCGAUGUUCAAAAGUUUACAGCCGUGCACAAAUCUGGACACCUUGUCGCUAGGUUUGACCUGUGACAUGAGUGAUGACGAGGAGAUGUACACGACAGCCAUCAGAGAUGUCAUGACGCGAUGUCCGGUCUCAUGUGAUGUCAUACUGAACGGUCAAGCAGUCAAAUAA